AUGCCGAGCCACCUUUGUCGCGGCCGCCCCCGGGGAGCUGGCUCCGGGGCAGCCCCAGAGCGGGAGCGCGGGGAGGGCGUGGUGAGGGCGCCGGGCGUGCGGGGGCGGCGGCCUCCUGGUCCCGGAGUUUGCUUUCUUCCUCUCACCCCGCAGCCCCGAGGCUUCCCUCCCCGGCGCGCGGGCCCGGGACGUCAGCGCUGGAGUCUCCAGGCGCCUCCAGGGCCCGCGGCGGGGCGCGCCCAGGAGCACGCGGUGGCGAGGACGGGGACUCGGGGCCGCAGGGCUCUGACUGGUGCGUCCCGGGCCACCGCCCAAGCCCCCUCAGCCACCCCCUGCUCCCCGCGCGCUCACCAGUGGCUCCGCCCUGCCAGGCACCCCGGAGGCCGCGACUUGGAUCGCACAGAGGCCUUGCCAUGUUCCUCGGGGUGCCCCCGGCCAGCCUGCCGCGUCCUCCCCCCACUCCCGCCUCCCACCAGCUCGCAGCCUCAGUCCCGCCGCGCCCCGCGCUCCCAGCGGCCCCGCACCGUCUUCCUUCCCUCCGACAGCUCCACGGCCCCGGGGGACAGAAGGAAACCGACACAGACCACCUCUCUCCUUUCCUCCUCUUUCCUCUUCACCGCUAAGAGGUCAAAAACUGCGGCCGCGUUCCCCGCCAACAACCACCUCGGAGCACGCGAAGAUGCAGCGUUAAAAAUAAAGAACAGGAAAAAAAAUUUCAAAUCUGGAAACGGCUGUCCCCACCCUUUGAGAGGCGGGGAUAGAAGUGACCCGAGUGCUCGCUGCCCAGGGCGGCUGUCACCGCGAGGCCCUGCAGGGACGAGGCCCUGCGGGGACGCGGCCCGCCGCGGAGAACACACCAGCCCCUGCGCACAGGACCCCGACGAAGCGAGCUAGCAACCCAGUCCCCUCCAUGCGCCCCUCCCCGGCCAGCGCCCGAGCCUCCGCGCUGCCCGCCCGCCAGGGUGGGUGGGGAGAAGAGGCAGGGAGUGGAGGAGGAGGUGAAAUACGAAAUGGGGAGCUGGGGAUGGGAAGGGAAGGCAGAGAGAAAGAACACCCUUCCCCAGUCUUUCACAACCAGCGAAAGAAAAAGAAAUCGGCCUGCCGAUAGAACACGUUUCAGCCUAACCCCAUCAAUGUAGAAUCCUCUCCUGCCGCCUCCCCGCAUCCGCGCACACAACAGCCUCACCGCCGAAUGCUCUGCGACAACAGGACCUCCAGUUUGACUUCCAUAGAGACUAUUGGCGAUGCGAGUUUCUAUCAGUUCCAGCUGAUUUAUUAAAAUUGUCAAGAUACAGACUUCCAGCACAAAAAAAAAAAAAAAAGAAAGAAAAAAAAAAAAAAACAGGCAAUGAUGUCGACAGUGCAUUGAGUCUGCUUUGCCACCAUUUGCUACAAACUAUGCAGAUGGUCUGUACUUUAUUUAGAUUAUAUUGCACAAAAUGAGAAACUUUUUAAACUAUGUGCCUUUUUUUUUCUUUUUUGCUAAAAAUCGAGAAUCCAGUUUCAAACCUUCCAUCUGGGGCCCCAUCCACAUCACAGCGUAUGAGAUACAUAAAACCCUACUAUAGUACAGUACAUAUACAAUCUUUAAACUAAGAUAACAGCUCUGAGGUCUAUAUCACCAUUUUCAAUAAAUCUUUACCUACAAAUAUUGAACAAAUCUCUACUAUAGCUGUACAAAAAAAAGUUUGCUUUUUUUUUUUAAACCACAAGGCCUUUAGAUGCAAGGAUUAUUUUAAAAUUUUAAUCCUUUUUAAACCAGGACAUAACGUACCAACAUACUUGCAUGCUAAAAAACAGA